AUGGUCAACAUCGUAGAUCCCAUUUGCCGUGUGCUCUUAUUUGUCUUCUCCACUAUCGCCCUUGGUCUUACCGGCGGCUGGGUGAAAGACACCAGCUCUCCCCGCGUUGAGUUUGCUGUUUUCUCCGCUGCCUUCGGUGUCGUUGUCUCCCUCUGGGGCCUCGCCGCAGACUUUAUUGAGUUCCUCCAGUUCCCCGUCAUCACCGCUUUCCUCGACUUCUGCGCCUGGGUCUUCCUUUUCACCGGUGGUACCGCCAUUGCCGCCAAGAUCCACUGCCACAGCUGCGGCUCCGAGUGGUACCGCCUCAAGUACUUCAAUGGCUCCAAGCGUGACUGCCGCCUUGCCCAGUCCGGUUGUGCCUUUUUGUACUUUGCUUGGUUCGUCGCUUUGAUCCUCUUCGUCGUCGACUUCCUGGCCCUGUGGAAGGGCGAGAGCCGCAUUGGCCUCCCCGGCCGCCGUCGGGCUCCUCCCCGCACUGGUGUCCCCACCAUGUCCCAGGUUUAA